CAUCAGUUUCAAAGCUCGGACAGUGGGGAUCCUCACCAUCACCUAUCGCGAUAAACAAUCCCCAUUAUAACAAACAAAUACACCCUUCACUUUCGCAUCGCAAAGAAGCCAGCAAAGAACCCGGCGACGCUCGUCGCUGUCGCAAUGCCUCCAAUUACGCAAUCUGCGUCUGCCACUCUGAGAUCACUCGUCGAUCGCUCUCUCCACGUCUCCUCCGUCGCGACUCGAUCCCUUCCCACGAGAAUCCUGCAACUGGUACCCCGCCAGAACAGCAACCCUUCCAUCAUACCCACGACAUACGGGAGCAUAAACAGCGGUCCCGCGCCCGGAACAGUCGUCGGCAUCGUCCUCGGCAGCGUAGGAGGUUUCCUCCUGCUCCUCUGGCUCAUAUACACCUGUCUCAGCCUCGGCGGCUGGGGCUCGCGCUCCUCGUACGAAGAAGAAGUCGUGGUACACGAUCGGAGGAAAAGUCGUCACGGCAGCACAAGGAGUAGAAGGGUCAGCGAAACGGUCGAGGUGAGGAGAGCGCCGAGUCCAGUGCGCAUUGUGCCUAUGCCGAUGCCGAUGCCGCCGCCGAUGCGGGAGCCGGUCAGGGAAACGGUUAUCGUGGAGGAGCAUAGGAGUCGGGAGCGGCCGAGGGAGGUUAGUAGGGGGAGUGAUGAGGUGGUGGUUAUUGAGGAGCAUAGUCCGCCGAGGAGGAAGAAGAGUGUGAGGGAGCGGGAGGAGAGGGAGAGGAGGGAGAGUGGGUAUAGGACUGUGGAUCCGGGGGCGUAUGCGGGGGCUGUUGGGGGAAGGAGGAGUAGUGGGAGUAGAAGGGAGAGGUGAAUGGUGGAGAGGGGGGAUAAUGUUCGAAACGAGACUCUGAGAUACGGAUCUAAUGGGGUUAGGAAAGGUACAGGCUGGCGCGGAAGGAGGCGUAGGGUGGUGGAUCGGUGUAAGAGGUUAUGGUCGGAGGAAUAUGGGGCAUCUAUUGGCGCGGUAUAAU